AUAUACUAUAUACGACCAGCCACCCCUCUUGUGCUAGCAUUAUAUUAUUCAUCAUCCAAUAUUCAAGAAUAAAGUCAAUUUAGAAGCAUUCUAAGGAAUUUCCAGCUCUCUUGCAUGAUUUCUCCAUAGCUUUUCACCAUGCCUACCAUUGAAGAAGAGCUUACUGUCGCCCUCAAGGCUCAGUAUGAUCUUGACAACCGACCGGAUAUCACUAACGACGCCGUCAACGAGAUCAAGAAUUCAAUCAUCUUCCAAUAUAACUGGGAAGAGUUGCUUCAGUCAGGCCCUGUUGCUCUAACAUCUAUCGGAUCCUGCUUUAUAGCUUGCACCUCGAAAGGUAGCGACCACAUCCAACUGGAUCCACUCGAAGGCAAGGAGUUCCAGUACAUCAAGCACAAGUCGCUGAAUGCCAAUCUAAUGGACUCCGCCAACUAUGGCUGUGAAGCGUUUCUCAAGGCAGAACGUAGCAUGUUGUUCGUCAAACAAGUAUCUGGUCGAGUCUCUAAAGGAGUAGCUGAUGUAGUGGACAUUCUCAUGGAUGAGCAGGCGGCCAAGACGCAGCUUGCUUCACGGCUUAUCAUGAUAAAAGUUGCAGCAGAUGAUUGCUACGAUAAAGUCAAGGAGAUUGAUGAAAAAUUUGAGCGCUGGCUUCUGCACUGUAUGGAACUUCAUGCCGCCUGCAUGCAGACGCAAUCCACCAACGCAGAGCGCCUCAGCACUACAGAGAGAAACAUGGCGGUAGCUCAGGCAUUUUUCGAUAAGAAGAAAACUACUGUUGACGAGACAAGAGAAAUCACACAGAAUUUCGCUAAGCAAGUGGAGGCGGCCACUGAGACCUUCAAGCGAGCGUCCGACGCAUAUCCCUCUGGAUGGGGAAUCCUUGGUCAGCAAAUUGUAGGCUCACUGGUGGAGACGGCUACCACCGCAGUUAGACUGACCGUCAAGGCCUUUGCCUUCGGCUUGAGUCCCGUGGCGAGUAGCGUUGAUAUGUUCCACAAUCUGGUACACGGAGGGGAAAAUGCGCCUCCAAACCCGCCAACAUCGUCUGCGCCAAAGCCGACAGAACCACCCCAUGCCGAAGACCUAGCGAAUCUUUAUAUUUUAAAGAGCAUCCCAUAUUUUGAACAACUCAAUGCCAUUUUGACCAAAGGUAAGAAUGGUGGAGUGAACUGGGCAGACGCUUCAGGCAAAGAUGGCCGGGCAGCUCAGAGCUCUUACUACGUGAAGUCUAUGCUCCAGAGUGAAUUCGACGAUUUCAGAACAGUAGCUUCGCGCAUGAAUCCAAGUCAGACGCUUCUCAGUGCCUUUGUUGUCGCACUAAAGAUUGCCACGGCGAUCCAUGAGAUCGUGGAAAAGUCUGCAAGGAUCGGCCUGAACUUCCCUGAAGCCAACUCUCAGGAAGUUAAAGACUGGCAGCAGCAGUGGCUCCCUGUUUAUUUGUCUCUCCAUAAACUAUUAGCCACGGCCCGUAGUCAGCCAGGAACAGCGGCUUCAGGUCUUCCAAUCAUGGCAGGCACCGAAGACCCUGCAAUAACCAUCGGAAAGACGAAAACCCUGACGGCGGCCCAGGCCUCUUUAGAUGCAGCCAAAUACCGCCUCAGCACAACUCAAAAACACUUGAGCGCAACUCAAGAUCUGUACCAGAAAUCCUCCCAGAAGAUGAUCGAACAACAAAAUAAACUCUCAAAGAUUCAAGCUGAUAUUAAAAGGCUAAGCACGACCACAGCGGACCUUAAUGAAGUCAAACGCAUCCUCAUCCGAGCAAUUGAACUUAUUGCCCAGAUGAAGUCGCAAAUUGCUAACCUUUGCCGCUUCUUUGGGGCGAUCGGUGCUACGGUCGACGCAGUCGUCAAGUACAAUGUGCAACCUUUCAUUGAUGAUAUCACCGCUACUACAAAUGACCCAACAGCCAGACAGUCUUCCAUUGCUGGAUACAAUUAUACCGACUUGACUCGCACAAUGAUAUACCAGGCUGUUGUCACAAUUCAAGCUUAUUUUUCUGUCUUUGCCGAUAUUGCGAGCAUGUGGAGUGAGCUGUCCCGAGAGGAUAUUAUGCCGGGACUGACAUUGGUGGAUAUGAUGUCUCUUCCACAGAAUAAUGAAGAACAGCAGCUCAAGAUGGACGAGCUACAGAAUUGGACACAAAAAGCUCAAGACCACAUAACACAGGUGGCGGCCAAGAAGAGAGCUGAGAUUAUCGAUCAGAUGGGAGUGAGAAUCAAGAAUAUUGAGGCAACUACUAAGAUGCUACCACCAGCUCCAGCGGUCGAAGCGGCAAUCGAGGAAGGUACCCAGGCAGCCGCCCAAGCGGGAGAAGAUAAAAUUACUCACAAUGAUGCUGCCUCGCCUCUGAAGCGGUUUUCAAUGAAGACUUAGCUCCUAGACUAAAUGAUGUCUUGGGAACGCCGAGAGGUGAACUUAUAUUAAUUGCCCGAUCAAGAGCUUUGUAUCAUGAAGAGUAGGACAAAAAAAUGCAUGUCUGCUGUCCAAACUGCUGGUCUCUUUCACUUGUCAAGCAAGAAUCAUGAGAGAAAAGCAAAGCUAUUCCCAUGAUACGGAGAUGAUAGUAGACUUGAUACUGCCAAAUACAUGUAACCAUGGACAUCAAAUGUACGUUUAGUACUAUCUAUCUGAAAUUCCCACUACCUCAGUUUCUGGUAGUAAAUACCUUGUAAAGUAUGAACUAAUUACAUGUAGUAAAAGAUACAGAAUACAGGAAUUGCUCUUACAUAUUCCGAAGAUGCAAUUGGAACUCGACGUAUGGAGUCGAAGUGUCUGCUAGCAUUGAACAGAUCAGGCGCUACUACUGCGCUAUAGCGGAGCGCUGCGAGCUAAUAGCGGGCGCUAAAUGCA